CACGGAGGGUAUAGCCUUACAGUAGACCCCAGUUUAUACAUUUCUGUGGUUUAUAGUGCACUCAGUACUCCCUCUCUCCUCUGCGUCGGAGUGUUUGCAGCAUCAAAGAGUGACAUGGCUUCUAUUGUUGCUCACUUGCCUCCCCCAUUGUUGGUACAUGGUAGAAAAAACGUUUUCAGAACACCACAGAAACUGCCAGUUUCUUCCAUUAAAGAGAGACAGAAUGGUGUUACUGUUUUUGGGAAGGCCACUGGGGAAGGAUCUGAGUCUUCUACGUCCCUUAGUAUUGUUAAGUCUGUUCAAAAUGUUUGGGAACAGUGGGAUAACUUUGAAGAUCGGUUGGCUCUUCUUGGUUUGGGGUUUGCAGCUAUAGCCGCGCUUUGGGCUUCAGCAAACGUGAUCACGGCCAUUGACAAGUUGCCGAUCCUCCCAAGUUUCCUAGAAUUUGUUGGGAUACUGUUUUCUUCGUGGUUUAUAUAUCGGUAUCUCUUAUUCAAACCUGACAGGGAAGAGCUUUUUCAAAUCGUUAACAAGUCAAUAUCAGAUAUUGUGGGCAAGUGAAUUUGAUGUCACGUUAUGAACAAUUCCUUCCAACUGAGGAGGGGGCAGGGGGCAGGGGGAAUGAUAAUUUAUAUUACAGUGGCGCCAAUAUGACCUCCAUCAUGAUGAAAUUAACAAUCUUACUAUUUCAACUCAAAA